AUGGCUGGUGGGUACCAGCUGUGGGCCCCCUGGUCCCCACUCGAUGAAUCCCUGCAAUGGCUGAGGGGCACCGUACCCAGGGUCAGUGGCACCAAGCACCCCUUCCGGGGCAGGCGGAGCCCGGCCGCUGCUGACCUGGAAGUUCAGCUUUGCUUCCAGGGUCUCAGCCUGGUGUUGGAGCCUGGUGCUAAGAUGGGAGCAGGACAGCCACAAACCCCUGGAGCUGCUGGAGAGAUGAGGAGCCACACUGGAACGGUGCGCAGACCCCAGGCUGUGCGCCUCGCAGGCCUCGACUCAGUCUUUGGGCGCCUUGUGACGGCCCAGGCCCCGCGCUGGACCGGCUCCCUGAGAGUCUCAGAGGGCUCAGCGUUCUGUCAAGUCAUAAGCCCCUGCCAGUGCUGGCCCCGUGGGCUCCGGGAGCCACAAGUGUGCAUGGCUAUGGCCAUGUGCCGGCAAAUGCUGCGCGCCGUUCUCCUGCUUUAUGCUGCCUACAAGAAGUGUGCCUUCGCCCUGCAACAUUCCCAGUGA